AGCGGGUCAGAUGUCCGGCUGUAGGCAGACAUGUCCAUUAGAUAAGUACGCUCUCAAAUAGGUUUGAAUCAUCAGUCCUAACUGGCAGUCGGGACAACGCGCGUGUGCCUAACGCUACGAAAAAAAAGUUUAGUUAAAAAGAAAAAACAUAUUGUUCUAUUUUCAAGAAUGUAUUGUGAUUGGCCAACCUUGGGGCGUUGCUGCUUUUGCAUGCCGCUUAGACGAGGGAUUCUUACUUUCGGAUACAUUAAUUUGAUAUUCAGUGCGUUUAUGGUGGGGGUAUACAGUUACUCAGUGCACACAGAAUUCGGUUUGUUCGCGAUAUACCAUGGGACGACUGUUGCGGCGACCGUGCCUGAGGGAGUUUGUAUUUUCAUCUACUGUGUAGAACUAGUCUUCACUGCCAUUUUAUUAUAUGGUACACAUAAGAAACUACUGACGUACAUUAAGAUUUACUACUAUUUUGCCGUGACAACGACUGUGGCGUCCUGCCUCGUCCAGAUUAUAGACUUUGCUGUAACAAUCAGAUUUGGAUUCUACAUGGUCUUCGAAGUUCUACCUCUUAUGUUUGCUUCCUUAUCCAUCCAGAUAUACCUCAUAAUCUUAAUAAGGAGUCUACUGAAGAAGAUGGAACAGUCAAAUCCCCAUGGCUAUGAGAACCAGCUCCAACAGAUUGUUUAUGAAGGAAAAGUGGAGUCUAAUGGAGUCUACGACCCUACUGUGGUACCGGUCGACGUAUAACUGACAAUGAUAGACAGUAGGAAAUCAGCCAUUAGUUUUUAAGCCCAUUAAAUACUCUUUGAAUGAAAGAAAAUGUUGAUAAGAGGCUAUUAUUUAUCGAU